GUGGCGGGUUUGGGCGUGGCCAGCGCAGAGGGGAGGGAGCGCAGCCCUAAGAUGGCGGCCGGGUGGCGGCGGCGGCGCUGAGAACCUUUGCUCUUGAAGAUGGUGAGUAGCCAGCCUAAGUACGAUCUAAUUCGGGAGGUUGGUCGUGGCAGUUAUGGUGUGGUGUACGAAGCAGUCGUCAGGAAGACCUCGGCCCGGGUCGCGGUGAAAAAGAUCCGGUGCCACGCGCCGGAGAACGUGGAACUGGCUCUGCGGGAGUUCUGGGCACUUAGCAGUAUCAAGAGCCAGCAUCCCAACGUCAUUCACCUGGAGGAGUGCAUCUUGCAGAAAGAUGGCAUGGUGCAGAAGAUGUCCCAUGGCUCCAGCUCCUCCCUGUAUUUACAGCUUGUAGAAACCUCACUAAAAGGAGAAAUAGCCUUUGACCCCAAAAGUGCUUAUUACCUCUGGUUUGUAAUGGAUUUCUGUGACGGAGGAGACAUGAACGAGUACCUGCUGUCCCGAAAGCCCAACCGUAAGACCAACACCAGCUUCAUGCUGCAGCUCAGCAGCGCCCUGGCCUUCCUGCACAAGAACCAGAUCAUCCACCGUGAUCUCAAACCCGACAACAUCCUCAUCUCCCAGAGCAGGAUGGACGCCAGUGACUUGGAGCCUACCCUGAAAGUGGCUGAUUUUGGGCUGAGCAAAGUGUGUUCAGCCUCAGGACAGAAUCCCGAGGAGCCGGUCAACGUAAAUAAGUGUUUCCUCUCGACUGCCUGCGGGACCGACUUCUACAUGGCCCCCGAGGUGUGGGAAGGACACUACACGGCCAAGGCAGACAUCUUCGCCCUGGGGAUCAUCAUCUGGGCAAUGCUGGAGAGAAUCACCUUCAUAGACACGGAAACCAAGAAGGAACUGCUGGGGAGUUACGUGAAGCAGGGCACGGCCAUCGUGCCGGUGGGAGAGGCGCUGCUGGAGAACCCCAAGAUGGAGCUGCUCAUCCCCGUGAAGAAGAAAUCCAUGAACGCCCGGAUGAAGCAGCUGAUCAAGGAGAUGCUGGCGGCCAACCCGCAGGACCGCCCCGAUGCCUUCGAGCUGGAGCUGAGAUUGGUCAACAUAGCCUUUAAGGACAGCAGCUGGGACACGUGACCCGCUGCCCCUCGCCCAGCCCGCGGUACAGCUUCAUGGCAGGGGGCCUGAACUCACCUGCAGGGUGCAGUUUCCUCCCCGAAUGAAUCUCUCUCUUUGGGUUUUCCCAGCAGGAAUGUUGAGUUGGCCAGUUGUGCUGGUGUGUAAAAUACCAGGUGUUCCGGGCCUGUGGGAGACGUGAGGGUGUUCCUUUGUGUGUGCGCUGGCAGUGGGAUGUUGUAAGAGCCAAGACUCGGAUUUCCAGCAGUGUGUCAUGGAGUAUUUCAUACAUUCCGGUUUCCUAUGUCAGUAUUAGGAACUCUCAUGGAA